GAUGGACGAUGUGUUUGGUAACAGCAGUGGCGAGACGGUGGUCGAGUCUCCUUUUAACUUGACGCUGUCAGAGGGAGACCAAACUAUUCCAGACGCGGAGAAAAAUAUAGAAGAAAUUGCAGUCGGAGAACCGGAUGCCGGUGUCACUCGAGUAGGAAACGCAAAAAACUUGUUUACUUCAGAAACAAAACAACUGCAAAACGUUCUUUUGCGCAAGGAUGUCGAAAAAGUGCAUUCGGAAAAAGAUUUUCCAAAAAUUUCUUUCUUGGAUGAUGAGUCUAAAUUGAAUGAACUCAAAACGGCCGCCGAUGAAUUCAUCUCGAAAUUGAAGAAUAAAAUAGUCGACUUGAACGACACGAUUCAAGAACACAAUGAGCAAAAUUCUGAGAAUCAUCACCUCGAACAGAAGCUUCGUGAUUUAGACGAAGAUCUCUACAUGACUCUCGACUCAUUUACUACAAAGCAGAACUAUGUGAAUGACAUCUCAAAAACUCCAGACGAUGAGAGUGUUCAGAUCAGUUCCAGUAUUGAGGAUUACUUGAAUCACAUGACUAAACUAGGUCACUUCCAGCGCUUUUUGGACCAGCAAAACGAUGUUACAAUGAAAAUGAAUAACGCUAGUGCGAUUAAAUUUUCUCCUAAAAUGACUCGAGCUUCUUUUCCGGUAUCCCCGUUGCCGAAACGACAAGUUUUGUCAACACAGCAUGAAUCAUCUCCCGAUAAGGUCACGCCAACUAGGAAGACAAGUUCUUUUGUUAGCGGUCUUCAACCUAAACCACGAUCGCACGCAAUGGCGUCUCUGGCCGCCAGACAUCUCUACCAAAACUUACCAGCCCCUUCGAUGAUCAGACAAUAUUUGACCACGAGGAACCCAUCAGCAUCUCCCGCCGUGAAAAGUCCUAAAAUUCCAGUUUACGUUAACGUUCCUGAACCUACGGGCUGGUCUAAAGUUCCUACAGCUUUGAAAGGCUCGUACGUAGAGUUGUGGGGCACAGGUAAACCACCCGACAUGGCACACCUAGGCAACGAAUUUAGCGAUAUUUUCAAACCCAAAUCAUCUUCCCUGCCACCCACCCCUUCAGCUCAGUCACCACAAUGUCGUAAGUCCAUUUCCCCAGCUUAUGUGCAGAUGAGCAGUCCGUAUGUUCGUUCACCAGCGUCUUCAGUAUUUGCUCAGCUGUCGAAUAGCAUAGCUUCUUACGCUGGUCACGCUCCUCAGACGAUAUUCUGUCCUCUGUGUCCUCGACAGUUCAGCUACGAAAGAGCGCUAGCAAACCACAUCCAGAAGAGUCAUAGGCUGGAACUUGAAGCAAUGGUGGAUGAUCAUGCACAAGAUUUAAACCUUUACUCUUGUCCGGUCUGCCAAGCUCGAUUCUUUAACAGCUCAGUACUACCGAAACAUCUCAUGGACUGUCACAAAGAUUCUCUCAUUUCCCUACUUGAGAAACACCGACGCAUUGUAAUAAAAAGCAAAGGCAUGCAAUGUCCUUUCUGCGUCAAAUGCGUUCCUCCAGGAAUAAACGGCGAGCACAUGUUAAUGUUUCACCUACAACAGUAUCACGCUAGGCACUUCGAGGAAAUGAUCAGCUCUCUUUUCAAAGUUUCCAAUGAAGAUGCUGUAAAUACUGUUAAUUACACUAACAAGAGAACGUGGUUGGAAGGAAAUACUUCUUCUACUCCAGGCUUGAGCAACAGAAUGGUGUCCAUGAUGGUCUCAUCGGACUCCAAAAGAAAGCUGGAAGAAUUAGAGAAAGAGGAGACUUGCAUGAAUUCCUCCGUAAUGCCUACGAAGACACCAAAAGUCUUUGAAAAGUCAGAACCCAGACGAUCAGCGAGCAAAGGUAUUCUCCGACGUGAUAAAAAUUGCGUCGAUCGCCCGAACGUCAAACGGGAGUUGCGUUUCAGUGUUCCACAUGUCACAAAGGAAGAAAUUUACUAUCCCGAAUCACCUGGUCCUGUUACUCCUGACUACACCGAACGCAUUGAUCUGAACACUUUUUCCUACCCAGAAAACAGAUUGGUGCCCGUUAUGCAAACGGUACUAUCAUCUCAAGAAGAUUUUGAUGCCAUAACAACGGAAGAAUCAAUCGACAUUAGCCAGCAAGGAGCUCGAAAACGAAGAAAGCUUGGACUGAGUAUCCGUUCCAAAAACAUUUUUAAAUGUAAGGACAAAGAAAACCAGGAAGGAAAGACCGAAGAUAAGGAAAACCAACAGAUUUACAUGACGAUGAACAGCAGAAGCUAUAGGAGACCACCAAAACCAGUAGCUCCUCCUGUGAUACCACCAUCAAAGUCAGGAGGCGGUUCGCCGUGCGCAUCGAAAUUGCAUUCAACUUCUUUAUCUGUAUCUUCCACGAACAAUUCUCAUGCCAUUGACGACAGAAACGAACAUCACACUGAGACCAACCACAGUGUAGAAAAAAGAACCAACGAACAUGAUUCCGAAACUGACGGACCUCCCUUGGAAACGGGCUUCUCAUCUUCCGUAAAACUGUACUCGCCCUUACGCCUGUUUCGGUGCAACGGCUGUCGUAACAAGUUCUGCGACAACGACUCCCUUCUGGUGCACAUUAGCCAACAGCACCGGGGGUUCUUAUCCCUGCUGAGACCACAAUUUGGUUGUGGGGUCUGCUCAGCUAAGUUCUACGAGAACAAGCAUCUUGUAAAACAUUGUCUUCAGAACCACUUUUCUCUACUGGAGAUCAGAGCAGCGUCGGGUGAAGUGGUACCCUUCGUCAACUUGAGUCGCGUUGACCCUAACAAAGUUAAGCUUAGAGGUUCAAUGCGUGAAGUUAAAAUGCCUGUAACUGCACUUUGAAAAUAAGGUAAUGCGUCAAUGAAGCCUGCUUUUUUAUCAAAUCUAAAACGCUUACUCUGAAUCACGUACAUAUAUACUGGCUCAAAAAAUGUAUCUGCGAAACAUUUAAAUUGAAUUCAUUGACAAGUUUUGAGGUUUUGGACCAAAUGAAAAAAAAAAUGUUUAUAUUUAUUCAAAUUUCACUUCAAAUAGUCUAAAAGGGUCUUGCCCUGAAAUUUCAACAAAAAGAUGUACAUAUUAAAGUUACUUUGCUGCGUUGGCUGCUAGAUCCUUCAGUAUAUCUAUACCAUUCUUCCUCUGAAAUUAUCAAGUUGAUGUCUUCAUCACACAUUUUCAAAUUGAUUUUCAUUUGCUCUCGACGUCCUUAACUUUUCAUACUUAUAUUUUGGGUCCCCCAUUUGAGUAACAAUUUAAUAUUUUCGCGCUAUUCAAUUAAAGUAAAUUUAAAUUUAUUACAACUUUCAAAUUAGGCACUUUAUCAUCUGGUCGUUUCAGCUAAUAUAGUUUCCUUUAUUAUGUCUUAAUUAUUCUUUACUCUAAGUUGUUUUUCGCUCUUCUUCGUUCUUUAACAUUAACAUUUCAUCAGGCCUAGUUGUAAGGGCUUUGUAAACUAUUACCAAAAUAUGGUCAUGCCAUAGCGAAAAAAUUCCAAAUUUAUUUAUAGUUCCAAGUCCAAGACACAAUACCUAAUUGAAAAUAUCUUCUAAUAUAUUUUGGUUAUAAUACAAAAUUUCUAAUUUUAAAAGCCUGGCAAGCUUUGGCCUUAGGUUAUAAUCCAACCCUUUCCAGAGAUAGGGUUAAAAUCCAACCAGAAAAAAAGCUGCGUUACGGACCUUCGCUAUGUGUAACCGAAAAGAAAUUUAUUUCAGUUUUUCUCUAAAAAACAAUAAGAUUGUUUGUUUUGAUCGUUACAAAAUUAUAAAUCAUCCCAUUUUUUGAGUUUUUUGUGUGUUGUUCUUCACUAACCUGUCCUAACAUUUACAUUAUGUCUUUUUACGAGUAAUAAGCACAAGAAACUUCAUUCAAAAAUAAAUUUUGUUGCCAACCUAAAAUUUCGGCCACCUACGGUGCGGUCUAUUAAAUUUGCAGGGCGCGUCUUUGCAGAUGCAGCAACAGAAAUUCAGAAAUGUAUCAAAAUUUUUUGCUCUUGUGAAAUUCAUAGACCAAAACCAUGCAAACAUUUUUACUUGUGUUGUUAGAGAAUUUUCGGAUUAAAUCGAAAGUCAAGGUGAUUGUCUGCACAUUGAUUCUGUGUGGGUUAUAGAAUAAGUAAUUUUGCAGUGUUUUGUACUAUUUUUCUUAACUACUAACGAUCUUGAGGUUUUCUAAUAAAAACUGCUUUUC